GCUAGUCUAGUCUAGAAUUGCAGGCCCUCACAUUCACGCCGGAAAAAGUCCACCGUCCGCCCGCGUUUUCCCUUCUCCCCCACCUCCCCAACCCCAACCCAGUCUACCCAGUCUUUCUUUCCCACCAAGAACACCUCCAAUCCCACACCAGUCCGCCCCAAAUCUGAUCCGCCCCCACCAUUCCCCUCGUCUUGGCACGAGCGCGUCGGCCCCGUCGCCCCGGAUCGGAGGAGAGCCGGCUACGGCGCUGCUCGGCGCUGAAUCUCCGCUCAGAUUCGGAUUAGGGUUUUUGGACGUGGUCGUCGUUGUGGGUUUGCGCCGCCGGUUUGAAAAUGUCGGCGGCCGUGGUUUGCGCAGAGAGGGCGACGAGCGACAUGCUGAUCGGCCCCGACUGGGCCGUCAACAUCGAGCUCUGCGACAUCAUCAACAUGGAUCCCGGACAAGCAAAGGAUGCACUUAAGCUCCUAAAGAAGCGCCUUGGGAAUAAGAAUUCAAAAGUGCAAAUUCUGGCCCUUUAUGUGCUAGAGACUCUAAGCAAAAAUUGCGGGGAUAUUGUUUAUCAACAGAUCAUUGAGCGUGAUAUACUAAGUGAAAUGGUCAAGAUCGUAAAGAAAAAGGUGGCGAUACUAAUUCAGUGGUUAACUAUUGUUUUCCCAGAUUCAAGUGACUCCGUUUUGAUCCUAUAUUUAUCUUUACAGCCAGACUUAAAUGUUCGGGAGAAAAUAUUGAGUCUGAUUGACACAUGGCAAGUGGCUUUUGGAGGUCCUUCCGGGAGAUAUCCCCAGUACCACACUGCGUACCAAGAACUUAGGGCAGCUGGUGUCGAUUUUCCACCUCGCGAGGAGAAUACAGUUCCACUGUUUACACCUCCUCAGACUCAACCUUUGAGGCAGCCACAUCUGUAUCCUCCAGGUCAAAGCUAUGAAGAUGUAGCUAUACAAGCUUCUCUCCAAUCUAGUACCCCUGCUGCACCUCCCCUGAGUCUAAGUGAGAUUCAGAGUGCUCGAGGAAUUGUGGAUGUGCUGGAUGAGAUGUUAAAUGCACUUGACCACAGACACCCCGAGGGUGUGAGGGAGGAGGUCAUUGUUGACCUUGUUGGGCAGUGUCGAUCUUAUCAUGCUCGUGUGAUGGAUCUUGUUAGCGAUACUGGUGAUGAGAGCCUUCUGUUUCAGGCUCUAGGACUAAAUGAUGAGUUGCAGCGUGUUCUUCAGCGUCAUGAUGACAUAGCAAAAGGAGUCCCUCCAAAUAUACCAGUGCCUGUUGCUGGUAACGUAAACCAAGGAUCAGCCCCUGCUCGGCCUGCUGGGGUUUCAUUUGCCCCUCUUCUUAAUGUACACCAUGAGGACGAUGAACCAGAAGAUGAGUUUUCCGUGCUUUCUCGCAGGUCUGCAAGGGAUGGCGCAGCAGCACAGGGCAACAUGUCUUCUGUUCCAAGAAAUGAAAGGCCAUACCCAAGCCCACUUCUUCCUCCACCACCAUCGACUAAAAGGCCUGUUUAUACAGAGGCAAGCAGUGUCGACUAUCUAAGUGGAGACUCCUAUAAGUCUGAAAAAGUACCAGAUGAUUUUGUCAACCCAACGGCCCCAGCCAAUAUGUCUGCACCAUCUCAUUCAAAAACAGAAACAGAUCAAGUGCCAAAUUAUGAUAGCAGGUCAGAAAAUGUGCCCGAUGACUUCAUAAACCCAACUGCAGCACCCAGUUUUUCCAUGCCUUCUCGUCCUACGAGUGAGCCAUCUGUGAAUAAGCUUGAGAGCCUUCCUGACGAUGACUUUAUAAACCCCACUGCACUUCCUGGUUUUUCUUCGUCUUCAACUAGUGAAGAUCUUCCAAAAGCUCCAUGGGAAGCGCAGGCUCCAGUUUCCCUACCGCCUCCUCCUGCAAGGUAUGGCCAAAGACAGCAGUUCUUUGAGCAACAGCAUGGCUUUCCUGGUGAGAACAAUGAAGGUGGCUACGAUGAGAUGCUGACGCGGACAGGAAGCCUUUCUCUUAAUCAAAGGAACACUGAGAAUGGGAAGAGCGCAUCAGUGUCGACCGCAUCCCGCCAGCCCAAACCUGAGGAUGCCCUUUUCAAGGAUCUUGUUGAUUUUGCCAAGAAGAAUCCAUCUUCUCCAUCUAAACCAGCCAACAGCCGCAGGACUCGCUGAGUGAUGAGUGUUUCAGUCAUGUAACACACAUAAUUGAGUUGCCAGGCUGCUGGUUUUGCUACAGGUCGGCGAAUUAGAUAUAUCAUCAAAUAAGAGGGUUCGGUCGGUCUGUUCUUUAUUGCCUCAGGGAAUUAUUUGGUUUGCGCAUUGGACAAUUAGAGUCACAGGUGUCAGAUACGUAGUCAUGAUACUGGGUGUGGUGUGUAGCGAGUUGCAUUUCUCACCUUUUUCUUGUGUGGUAUUGGUUACCGAUUCUUGCUUUAUUUUACUUAGCUGUAUAUAUUUCUCCAUUUGACAGCAGUAUUCUAUUCAUAGUUGAAUUUGCAA